UGAGAAUGAGAUAACAAUAUCAACACUCGUCCACAGGUAGGCACACUCUCUGCUUCUUUAUAUUUCCCCACGAUCCUCCUCCACCCCACGUUCUACAUGAUGAUACAUCAGCUGGCACCAGUCAUAGAGUGACUUGUACUCCCUUCAUUGAUGACGAAGCUGCGGUCUACGACCACUACUGAUCCAGAACCCAAUUCUUUCCCCAAAGACCUAUAAUUCGUGCUCUUUCCGAAAAGGAACGUUCGUCGCUAACCUCAAUUGAGCCAAGUUAGAAGCCAACCAUCUCGCGCAGCUCCCGCGUCAGACUAGCGAUCAUAAACCACCCCGGGAAAAAAAUGGUUCUUCACAACCCCAAUAACUGGCACUGGGUGAAUAAGGACGCCUCGGCAUGGGCCAAGGACUACCUUGAUGCUGCCGUCCAAAAGCUUGAGGCGGAGGAUGGCGGCGUCAUGGCGAAGAUCAACAAGCUCGUGAGCAUGGACGGCGAUGUGGAUGUCAGUCAGAGGAAGGGUAAAGUUAUUACUAUCUACGACGUCAAGAUCGUCCUGGAGUAUACUGGUAGUGCUCCCGAUGCUCCCGAAGUCUCGGGAACCAUCACUGUCCCCGAGGUCGCCCACGACACCGAGGAGGAUGAGUACGUGUUUGACAUUGACAUCUACUCCGAGUCCAAGGAGAAGCAGCCAGUCAAGGACCUUGUCCGGUCCAAGAUCGUCCCGCAACUGAGGAAAGAGUUCCAGCAGCUCUCAGGAGCCCUCAUUGCAGAGCACGGCAAGGAUAUACAGCACGCUCCGGGCUCGAACCCGUCGAGUGGAUUCUCCACGCCUCGCACUCUCCCACAGCCGUCCAAGACGACUGGUGUCAGCUCCGGCUCGACAACCCAGAAGAACAGCGGUAGCAUCGUCAACACUGUCACUUUGAACGACUCGACCGAAUUCCGCACUUCGGCCGAUGAACUGUACCAGACUUUUACCGACCCGGGACGCAUCGCUGCCUUCACCAGGGCACCCCCGAAGGUCUUCGAGGGCGCAAAGCAGGGAGGCAAGUUCGAGCUCUUUGAUGGAAAUGUCGAGGGCGAGUACGUCGAGCUCAGCCCGCCCAAGACGAUCGUGCAGAGAUGGAGGUUGAAGCAGUGGCCUGCCGGUCACUUCUCCAAGCUGGCCAUCGAGUUCGACCAGAACGAUGUUGACCACGUUACCGUCAUGAGAGUGUCUUGGGAAGGCGUCCCCGUCGGCCAGGAGGACGUUACCAAGCGGAAUUGGGAGGAGUAUUAUAUCAAUAGCAUCAAGCGCACAUUCGGUUUCGGGACCAUCCUGUAAGUGACCUUGUCUCGAAGGGUUGGAUUGGUUACGAAUAUGACGCAAGUAGAAGAUACGUAGAUAUGUAUUGGGUUACCGGUGACACACGGCCGCGAGGUCUCGUCACAUGGACACCCAUGUUUAUGGUGGGUGCGAGGAAGAUUCAUUUGAGGCUGCCCAGGAUACCAGAAACACUGGUUCCACGGUUCGGUCUAGGGCGCCCGGUUGGGAAUGAGGCUCAUGAGAAACGUUAAAUGAAAAAUACGCUUGAUAAUA